CACCGAGACUCCCUCCGCGCCACCUCCCCCCUCCCAAUAGCGCCGCCACCGCCGCGCCCCUCCCCCCGCGAAAUAAUCCCGAGCGAGCUCCCCUCCCUCCCCCACACCGCCCGAGCCGCGCGCCCCCUCCCCGCACCGAGCCCCUCACACACACAAUGGCGCUGAAGAGAAUCCAUAAGGAGUUGAAUGACCUGGCACGUGAUCCCCCAGCUCAGUGUUCAGCAGGGCCUGUUGGAGAUGACAUGUUCCAUUGGCAAGCUACAAUAAUGGGACCAAAUGACAGUCCCUAUCAGGGUGGAGUAUUUUUCCUGACAAUUCACUUCCCAACAGAUUACCCCUUCAAACCACCUAAGGUUGCAUUUACAACAAGAAUCUAUCAUCCAAAUAUUAACAGUAAUGGCAGCAUUUGUCUUGAUAUUCUACGGUCACAGUGGUCUCCAGCACUAACUAUUUCAAAAGUACUUUUGUCCAUCUGUUCUCUGUUGUGUGAUCCCAAUCCAGAUGAUCCCUUAGUGCCUGAGAUUGCACGGAUCUACAAAACAGAUAGAGAAAAGUACAACAGAAUAGCUCGGGAAUGGACUCAGAAGUAUGCGAUGUAACUAAAGAAAUUAUUGGAUAACCUCUACAAAUAAAGAUAGGGGAACUCUGAAAGAGAAAGUCCUUUUGAUUUCCAUUUGACUGCUUUCUAUGAGCCCACGCCUCAUCUUCCCCUGUGCACAUGUUUACCUGAUACAGCAGUGCUGCGUGUUGUACAUACUUGGAACAACAAAAUAGAAAUACUGUAUUCCCCGUACCAACAUUGACUCCUAGCAAAGAAGUGUGUGUGUGUGAAAAGCCAGUUCUUCAGUCAUAACUUCGUUGUGAGCCUAAAAGCAUUCCUUAUUGAUUUAAAUUGGGUAAUAAAAUGAGGGGGGAGGAGUGGUGGGUUUCAUCGUUUUCUGGAGACAGUUCACUGACUUGUGGGAGGAUUUUUUUUAAAUGGAAUCCUUUUAAACUCAUAACAGUUAUGGAAAGCCAAGGUGAAGAACUCAAAGCUGUUUCUGUAUUCAUUUUAUUCUGAAGGAUCUACAUCUUAGGUAAAAGUUACAACCAACAAGAUUAACCCGUACCCACAUCCUGUGUUUAAGGUCUAAGUUUAAAUGGUCAACAUUUAAAUGGAUUGGAGCUAUUAGUGCAUCAAGUGAUGUUGAUUUAUUUCAACUCUUCUCUCCCCUCCCUCAUUUUUUUGGUUUGUAUGUGGUUUCUCAGUUAAUACAUAGCUAAUAGCUCUUAUUUUUCUUAAGUUUUUUAACUGCUUAGGUCUUUCUGGAUGUAAGGGUAAAAAUUCAUUUGACAGAAAACUCGUGUAUAUUUAAAGACCCAACUGCUCCCCUGGGGCUUGUACGUUCAAGAAUGAUUAAUCUGUGUAAUAAACUGAUUACUACAGUCAUUACAUAUAACUUUGUGUGAAUAGGCUUUUAAUUUUAAAACCAGUUUGUUACAGGCUAUAAUUAAUGGUGGCUUGUCCUUAAAUGUCUGCAUUCACAAACAGUUGCAUUUCAGAAUCAUGAAGCAAUUCAGUUUGCAUCAGAAAAGGCUAUGCGCCUGAACAAGACAAACUUAAGGUUAAAGCACUUACAUGAACUCAAGAUAUGUAGUGUGCCAGCAACUUGACUGUUAAACCAAAAAAUCAGUUUACUUAAUGAGGAUCUGAGCAACAUUUUACAAAGCCUAAUGGUAUUAUUCCCACUUGCAUGGGACUUAACACAAUGCAUAUGUAGGUAAGUGAAACCUUAUGUAACUAAAAGUAAUGGAUGUAAAAGGGUAAAAAUUAUCACACACAUCAGCACAAACGUUCAUAAAAUGUAGCUUUUACAUGCUUACUUUGCACUAAACAUUUGCAAAUGUUCAUAUGGUUUUAAAUUGUACUUGUAUGUGUCUUUUAUUUGAACAAAGUCUUCACUUGAAUUCAAUGAAAAUGUAGUUUGAAAUUUUACUUUGUAAACAAGUGUAUUUGCCAGCAACAUUCAUGUGAAGUAGGUGAGUCUGCAAUUUUAUCUCCUUUAGUAUAAUUGUAAAACAAGCCAUCAAACUGAAGGAGAGGCCAUAGCCUCCAGCCACAGGGGUCUGUCCCAUCCAUUUUCAAAUGCAUCUUUACACUCUUGCACAAAUGAGGAAUAAAUGUCCACUGCUUUUGGUCUAAAUUUGUUCCAGUUGUCUCAUCUCUCAAUGUCCUUGGUUAUGCAUCUCUGCAUGUAAAGGUUAGCAGCCUCUGGAGUUUUCUGUGCAGCGGGCUACAGGAAAAACUUGCAUAUUCAAAUGAGUCUUGAUAGCAGACACAUGGUAACUGCUAUGGUUUACACUUGGAGGUUUUUAUACUUAUUGCAUGGGGGGGAAAGCAAAGUUUUCUGAUUAAAAUGGCUCUGAAACAGCAGAGCUUCUCUUGGAAAGAACUACAGAAUGUAUGGUCAUAUAUUGAACAGGUGAUGUGCUAAGAAUAUAGAACGCUUCUUGGAAAAAGUACAAUUAUGUGAAGUAACUUGUACUGAAAGGACAAAAGAACUUGGGAAAGGCUUUCAUUAUUGAAGCAUUAUCUAAGAGCAUAAUUGUAUUUGCCUAUGUUCAUAUGAUAUUAUGGCCAUAGAAAAAUGAGCCGUAAUGGGAACCAACAGACUGGUUUGAUUCACCCACCAUGCAUGCUGUUACCAAUAAUAAGAUACAGCCACAUAGAACAGGAAUUUAAUAACUUGUACCUAAAUUUGCAGCUGUAGUUUAGUAUGAACUUCUGUGCAGUCCUCUUGUCUAUUGGAACGUCUAACAGUUAUGAUCAGGCCUUAUAUUUAAUAGUAAUUUAAAAAAAAGCUCCAGUGUUAAAUGCACUGGUACCCUACUGUGGCACUUGGGGAAAGUACAGGGUACUGUGAAGUCACCAGCACAAUUUCCUAUGCCAUGUUUGGUCUUCCUUAUCACCUUCAAUGAUAAGCAUAACUAAACAAUUACUUGCCUUUAACUGCACAUCUGUUUUGAGUAUCGUGUAUAAAGUCUCCAUAGUCUGCUGUAAGUGCCAGAGUGGAAUAUAUAAUCUAAAUAAAUCCUUUUUAUGUGGUCAUGAAGUAAAUUACCAUACUCAUAAGGCCCGAAGUGUGUGUGGUGGGGGAGAGAUUGAGAGGCAAGGGUAGAGGAGUGUUAUAAGAAGAGAUGGAGAAACAAAAGGAGCCUGUUUCAAAGCUGUGGAUGAGGCUCUUGCAUGGUCAGUUGUAAUAGAAAGGGUGGCAGAAGUCUCUUCUAGGUAAGAGUAGAUAAGAUCUAAGCUAAACGCUAAUGCAAAAUGAUGGGAGUGUUCCAUAUUCCGCAUAAUUCCAGCUUACACAUGGCUAUCAUCACUUGUAGUAAAGUGACUUCUACCUUCUGUAGGUGAAGUGAAGGCUUUAAAUUUAUUGGGACCUGAGUUCAUGCAACCGCAGGUGUGAAUAGCACCUUGUGUAGAUGUGUGCAUGCUAGUUGUAUUCUAGCUAGCUCAUUAAAAAUAGCAGUGAGGAUGCCACGGCACAGGGCUUAGCAGUUACGUAUGUACUUGUGGAGGCAGGCAGGCAGGCUUGUGCAGCCUGUGCUAAAGCCCAUUCCAUGAUGUACACUUAAAUUAGCUUGCUGCAAAUUGGAGUACAGAUCACCAAGAAUUUCUGUCUACAUGGCCUUGCAUUCACAUCCCUGACUACAAUGUAGACAUAUCCUGAAGCAUUACAUGUUGCAAGAAGCUUUAGUUUCUGGGUUCUUUGCACAGGUGUUAAUGUUGCCCAAUCAAGCAGCUAACAGAGAGGUUGUCUUGACUUUACAGUUUGUUUCAGUUAACUAGUUCACUUUAACUGUUACUACUGUGACUUAUAGGGUUGUACCUUCAGAAGCACUCUUGCAUCUAACAGUUCCCAUUUUCCUGGGUGCUAAUUAUGUCCCUAUUUUAAAAAAUAAAAAUAAAAAAAAUGGCCGCAUUGUGGGUGUCUGAGCCUUCUUGAAAACUCUGGCUGUAAAGAUAUCUGAUGAUAGAGCUAAUCACUUAAAUGUUUUUAUGAAGACUGGGAUAUACUGCAGUACAGCAGAUGGAAGGAUAAAUGGUUUCAGAUUGUGAACUGUCACUAAAAUGUCAUCCAGCUAUCUUCAUUCCAGCAGCCUCAUGAAAUUAUCUGCCAAUGCUCUACCUGUAGUUUUAACAAUGUGUUAUGUUCUAUGAUUGUAGCGCCUGAGAAUUCAGUCAAAUUGGUGCUUUAUUCUGUCACUUCUGUAUAAGCCUAAAUCAUACACUCCUGGAUGUUGGACUGUGAAAACUCACUUUACAGAAGAACUCCACUCACUUGGUCUGUUGUAUUAAAUGGCUAUAAUGAUUCCGUUUGAAUUUCAAUUUGGAAUACUUGUCUUGAAAUGAAUCUUGAUUUUUCAUUUGGGUUUUUGGGGGGUGGGAUAGCUUAAAGCAAUCCUGAUUCUUAAACCUCUUCGCAUUGGGAUUUGCUUUUAAGGAUUAUAGUUAAUAACCAAAGCCCAGAUUUUUAAAGGUAUCUAGGCACUGCUAAAUUUAGCAUUGCAACUCUUAACUGAUUGAGGAGCCUACAAUCAUUUAAAAAAGGGGUCUUGGGCACGUCAGUGGGAUAUAGUCCUAAAUUCUUUUGAAAAUGAGAUGUAGGUGUCUAAAUCAGGUGUAGCUGUGCUCUGUGUUGCAAUGCCUAAAUAAUUUACAAAUUUUAGCCUAGAUCUCUUGAAAUCUUCCUUGUUACUUUCAGAUCCUAUUCUCUCAAGUUAAGUAACAGGAUGAAAUUGUCUCUAGAUAGUAGUUAUAGGCUAGGUUCUAAACUUUACAGGUAAUGUAUCUAGUAUAUCCUCCAACUUGUUCCUGAAUUGGGGGACACUGCUGCACUUCUUACCAAGCAGUAACUAAAGGAUAAUCUGCUCUAGCACUUACAACUGAGACUCUUCAGUAACUGGGCUGAUACUCUAAAAAGGAGCUGCAUGCUUGUGUGUGUUUAGAGACUUUCUGUUAAAGUACUGUCUGCGCUAGUCAAGCAAAUGUACCAUAAAAUGUCUUUGUCAGUGUCCAUCUAGGUUCUUUCCUCAUAUCUACCACUGUUUAGCAUAGGUGUUAAGCAAAUGGUGGUCUCUCCCUUGCUACUGCAGCAGCCAAUCACAGACAUGUGUCCUGCCCUGCUUGCCUUCUCUUGAUGAUCCCAAUCAUCUUCCUGCUGUUUAGAGAAGUUAAGCAGCUCCAGUGAUGCCUUGCUGACCUGGAGUUUCUAUGACUUGGAGAACAGAUCAUAGGCCUCUUUGUCCAAUUACAAUUCCCCGACACGCACUUGUGAGCGCAGCACUAGCUGCCUGUUUUGGCACCUGGAUAUGUGGGAGGUGCAGUGGAAAAGUCUGCAUCUUUGCUCAGAGCAGUUAGCAAUCUGUCAAAAUGUCACUUCGCUGUAGAGAGUUUGAAGGACAUGACACAAGCUUCGCUGCUGCUGACAGUGAAUGUAAUUACACUGCAGCCAGCAGAGGCCUGUGGUGUAGGCCUUGGGGCCUGUGGGUGACGUCUUAUCCUAGCAAAAGGAUGGCAACUUAUCUUCAGUAACGUUCUGGUUCCAUAAUUUUUAAACGAUGGAUAACAAGCCUGUCUUCUUUCUUCUCCCCGCCCCCUCCUCAGGUUAGUUACUCUGAAGCUCUCAAAUUCUCUCAACCUAUAGAUCCCUACCUCAUACGUUGCCCUGUCUUUAAUACUUUUAACCAAAUUUGAUUCUUCUCCCCCUCCAUCCCUUCUGUGAGUUCUGAGCACUUUUCAUUGUUGGGGUUGUAGAUGGAAGUUGUUCCAGGUGACAGCUUCUGCCAAAGCUACAAGAAGGAGCAAGACAUU